AAAAAUUAUUUGUUUUGUUUAACAAAACGUUAAUUUUGAGAUAGGGAAAAGAUGAUAAUGAUCAAAACGUCUAAAAAAUCAAUCAUUUUCUUGACCUGUUUGGUGUGGGUGUUAGAAAAUAAUUGUCUAGCUCAUCCAGAUGCCAUUACCGAUGAGUACGUAUCGGAAGAGAAGUGCCCAGCUUUACCCCAAAAUAAGGAUUGUUACUGCGACGUCAUGGAGACUAAAACGACAGAAAUGGAAAUCGAAGGCAAACAAAUUACAACUACCGCUAAGUAUUUUUCUCUGAGUUGCAAUUCGAUCCGCGAACAAAAGGAUUUACUGGACGCGUUACGAAUCUUAACCGAGGCUGCUUCUUAUAACAUAAGCUUGCAAGUGAAAAAUAGUCGAUUUGAUUUUAUAUCGCGGUUUGCCAAGGAGCUUGAAAAAAUAAAAAAUGCCGGCUCCAAAAAACGCCGACCAGUUAAUAUCCGAAGGUUAUCACUAGACUACAUUAAAUUUAAUAGUAUAGAACCCUACGCCUUUCAGCCAUUGUCCGAAAAUCUCGUUUCACUGUCCAUAUUCGAUAGCCCGUAUAAGCCGACCCUGACAGGGCCCAAGCUUGGUAUGCUUUACGAAGCAUUGAAACCCCUAGAAAACCUGGAAACGCUUGAUAUAAUCAUUCCGGAAGAAUUCGAAUUCGACGCCUCAUUCUUUGAAAACUUUCCCAACCUUAAAACGCUUUUCCUGAUGUUACCCAACUUGCGACAUCUCAAAAAUUCUAGAGGGUUUAGGUCCUUAACAAAUCUUAAAAAAUUGAUGUUCACGAGCAAAUUGCCUUACCUCCCGAAAUCGAUAGUCUCGCUUCCUCAUUUAAAAAUAUUGCAUUUCUAUUCCGGUUCGCUGACAACUUUCCAAAAUGAUACCCUGAGCAGCUUUGGCCCUGAAUUAAGGGAACUCGAUUUAUCCAAUAGCCACAUUUAUAAAAUCCCGGUCGGCACUUUUCAAAAGAUCCUCAAAUUAGAAGAUCUUGCUUUAUCCGACAACCAUCUUGAGUCAUUGCCACCCUUAUGCUCACCAUCGCAUUCUUCUAUCGAUAUCGCUAGAGAGAAAAAUGAAGACAUUACCAUUGAAAGAGAUGUGCAUGGCAAAGCCGAGACCAAAAAUAAUUUGAAUCGCCUGGACCUGUCUCAUAAUGAAUUCAAGGAUGGCUCUCUUACGAAGGAGACGUUUGCUAGUUGUACCGGCCUUACACAUUUAUUGUUGGAUGAUAAUCACCUCUCAAGCUUGCCCGGUGAUAUGUUAGACGAUUCCCGAAAUAGCCUUCAGGUACUUUCAUUCAGCGAAAAUAGGCUUAAGCAGUUUCCCAGUUCGCUGUUAUCCAAACUGAAUAACCUCACACAUCUCAACCUCGGUAAAAACGAGAUCCAAAAUGUGCCCAUUCUUGCUUUCGAAAAUAAUCCCAAACUCCAAUAUAUAAACUUAAACAUGAAUAAUCUUAAGGAAUUCGAUAUGGAUACCUUGUUAUCGGCCAAGCGUUCCUUGAGCAUACUCGAUCUUAGCAAAAACCAUAUGAGCUCCUUCGAUUUCCAAUAUUUGGAGUAUUUCGAUAACCUGACUCACCUAGAUCUAAGUUACAAUAAUUUAACGAGCGUGGAAGGAUUGGUAGAUUUAGAAUUGGUCCACCAGCAUAUAUAUGCCAUCUCUCUAGAAGUUUUGAUAAAGAGAGAAAUGAUAACUAUUAAAACGUCCAAAAAAUCUAUCAUUCUCUUGACCUGUUUGGUGUGGGUGUUAGAAAAUUAUUGUCGAGCUCAUCCGGAUGCCAUUACUGACGAUUACUUAUCGGAAGAGAAGUGUCCCACUUUACCCCAAAAUAAGGAUUGUAUCUGCUACGUCAUGGAGAUUAAAACGGCAGAAAAUACCACUGCUGUUAACUAUUAUUCUCUGAUUUGCAACUCGAUCCGCGAACAAAAGGAUAUAGUGGACGCGUUACGAAUCUUAACCGAGACUGCUCCUUAUAACAUCAGUUUGUAUGUGAAAAAUAGUCGAUUUGAUUUAAUAUCGCAAGUUGUCCUUGAGUUAGAAAAAAUAAAAAAUGCCGGUUCCAAGCAGCACCGACCUAUCAAUAUCCAAAGCUUAUCGCUGUACUACAACAAAUUUAAUAGCAUAGCACCCGAAGCCUUGCAACCAUUGGCCCAAAAUCUCGUUUCACUGUCCAUAUUUGAUAGCAUGCAUAAGCCGACCCUGACAGAGCCCAAGCUCGCUAUGCUUUACGGAGCAGUGAAACCCCUAAAAAACCUGAAAACGCUUCAUUUAAUACUUCCGGAAGAUGAAUUCGACGCCUCAUUCUUUGAAAACUUUCCCAAGCUUACAACGCUUUCCCUGAUCCUACCCCAAUUGCGACACCUCAAAAAUUCUAAAGGGUUUAGGUCCUUAACAAAUCUUAAAGAACUGAUAUUCACCAGCAAAUUGCCUUACCUUCCGAAAUCGAUAGUUUCGCUUCCUCAUUUAGAAAAGUUGUAUUUCUAUUCCGGCUCGCUGACAACUUUCCAAUAUGAUAACCUGAGCAGCUUCGGCCCUGAAUUAAGGGAACUCGAUUUAUCCAGUAAUCAUAUUGAUAAAAUCCCUGUCGGCAUUUUUCAAAAGAUCCUCAAAUUAGAAGAUCUUGUUUUAACCGACAAUCAUCUCGAAUCGUUGCCACCCCUAUGCUCAUCGUCGCAUUCUUCCACCGGAGAGAAAGAUGAAGACAGCAAAGCCGAGACCAAAAAUAAUAAUCUAACUCGCCUGGACCUGUCUCAUAAUGAAUUCAAGGAUGGCUCCCUUACGAAGGAGACAUUUGCCAAUUGUACCUCCCUUACUCAUUUAUUUUUGGAAGAUAAUCACCUCUCAAGUUUGCCCGGUGAUAUGUUAGACGAUUCCGGAAAUAGCCUUCAAGAACUUUCAUUCAGCGAGAAUAGGCUUAAACUGUUUCCUAGUUCGCUGUUAUCCAAACUGAAUAACCUCACAUAUCUCAGCCUCGGUAAAAACGAGAUCCAAAAUGUGCCCAUUUUUGCCUUCAAAAAUAAUCUCAAACUACAGUAUGUAUAUUUAAACUUGAAUAAUCUUAAGGAAUUCAAUAUGAAUACCUUGUUAUCGGCCCAGCGUUCCUUGAGCAUUCUCGAUCUUAGCCACAAUCAUUUGAGCUUCUUCGAUUUCCAAUAUUUGGAGUAUUUCGAUAACCUGACUCAUCUAGAUCUAAGUUACAAUAAUUUAACUAGCCUGAAAGAAUUGGUAGAUUUAGAAUUGGUUCAUCACCAUAUAUAUGCCAUCUCUCUAACAGAUGUAGAAAGUUACACGGAAGAUUGGGCUGGGUCUAUGCAGACAGACUCCAAGCUCAAAAAAAACGGUUAA